UAAAGGAAAGGGUUUCCAAGAGAUAGUUGCAGUGCAUAGAGCCCUCCCUGACAGCGGAGAAAACAAGGUUAGUAGACUGUAGGGUUUUCAUAGCAAAAACCAAAAAGAGACCGGAAACAUUGGCUGAAAUUCCAAUAAUCAUUGUCACGUUUGUGUAAGAACAGAGCACAUGGGAGCAACUUAAAGUCAACUGCAAACAGUCCACAGGGUCAAAAAUCUCAACCCACUCUCACAGAGGUGAAGUAUACAAGUGCACUAUGCCGCGUGAUGUUUUCUCACCAUUGCUGCUGUUUCUAUCUGCGUUUGGGGUGUCCCACGCCUGCCUGCAAGACCCUGUUUCAGCCUACCGAUUCACUGGAGUUAUAUGUCGACUCACCUACCCUGCAGCUGUUGUAUUGAAUGAGAAAACCACUAAAGUGAUUGAAGCAGCAUUCCAACAUGCCAGAUAUCCAGGUGUGAACGGAUCGAGAUCUCUGCCAUUUCUUGGCACAGUCACAUACGGCCUUGACAGAUUGGAGAUCCACAACCUAUCGAUUGGUCGGAGUUCAGUUGAAAUGCUCCCAGGUAAAGGAGUCGCGUUGGAAAUAAGCAACGUGUCCGCAGUCUUCAGAGGGAGCUUACAGUACGGAUACGGCAACUGGCUUGUCAACGUCGCACAUUCAAUUGACUUUGAAAUUGAAAGUCAGAUUGAUCUUGGAAUCAACCCCAGACUUUACUGUGGAGAAGAGAGGGUAGCAGCAGACACAUCAGACUGUUCUCUUAAUUUUCACAAGCUCCUACUGCAUCUGCAGCACGACAAAGAACCAAACAUGCUGAAGAAGCUCUUCACUGACUUCAUUACCUUCACUGUCAAACUGGCCGUUAAGGGACAGAUCUGUAAGGAAAUCAACAAGGUGGCAAAUAUACUGGCUGACUUCAUUCAAGACACAGCAGAGCAUUUCCUCAGCGAUGGAGACAUCAGUGUGGACAUCCGUGUCACUGCUGCUCCUGUCAUCACUGCUAACUACAUUGAGUCAUACCACAAGGGACUGACCAAAUAUAACAACGUUACCGCUGUCAUCGAUGACUCUGUUUUCCAUCCCAGUCAGCUGACUGAAAACAGGAUGCUCUACUUUUGGAUCUCAGACCAGGUCUUAAAUCCCAUGUUUGCUGCUGCCCAUCAAGAUGGCCGUUUCCAACUCAACAUUUCUGGAGCAGAGCUAAAUGAGCUUUUCAAGACAAAUCUCUCCCAUGCCAUGCCGGAAUUCAUUAGAAAGUGUCUGCAGGAAUCAGGUUUUCCAGAGCUAAGAGUGUGGAGUUCAGAAGUUCCCUACUUAAACACCUCCACCUGGGGUACGACCGUCUUUGGGGAGGCCUCUGGGGAGCUCCUCUGUGGAAAUCAAACCACACCAACACUCCUCUUUCAAACGGAUGUGACAAUUGAUGUCACAGCUUCCUAUGCUGACAAGAAACUCUUCCUGCAGGGGAGCCGACCAGAGAUUUUUGUAUUUCAAAAUGAUCUCCCCUUACAUCAACGGGUGCUAGAUGAGGAACAGCGUGAGUUCAUAAAAGAAGCUGUGGAGAAGAUAGGCAUCCCGAAGGUCCUGUCUGCUCUUCAGAUUGAGCUAACCAGGCUGCUGGACAAACAGGGAACUAACUUAUUUGACAUCUCUAACCCAGAGGUGAUCUCUCGGGAUGGCUUUGUGGUGAUUCAGAUGGACUUUGGUUUCCCUCAUCACCUCUUGGUUGAGUUCCUCAGGAAGACAUUACAGUAACUGGGCAACCCAAAAGCAAGAGCAAAUGGAGACCUUUGGAAUUUUGAAAUUGAUAUAUACCUGGGUAAUGCCAAUAUGACCAAGUCUUAUGUAAUACCAUACAAUGAUAUACUAUACAGUAUGCCUUACUUGUUUGUUUGUUUUUCGUUUAAUUAGGGUGGGGGUGGGCGGAGAGUAAUCAUGUGUUAAAGUUAAAGACUGUAUAUAGAUAAUGGACGAAGUCACCAUGACGUCACCUGAUGGUUUGUGGACUGCUCGUUUGAGGCAUCGAGUUCGCCGUUACACUCGUCGCCAUCUUGUUUUCGGAAAACGGGGAGCAGACCAUAUUUGGACUGUGGAGGAGCGAGAGGGAUCUGAAGACACUGACUACACGCCUCUCUACACCUCAACCUGACUGAGAGAAGUCGCUGCUAAUCCAUGUUAGCUUUAACUGGGAUGUUUGUUUUGGCUAGCAAAAAAACAAAACAAAAUAUAUGUUAUUUAGUUAAGAAAAUUGAACAGUGACGCCUUGGAGUGUCUCUUAGUCCAACCAAACGUUAACAAGACAUUUUUAAAUGAACAAAAUGUUCCAAUUAACUGUCAUUAAAUUAAAAUACAGUGAAAGAGUCAAAGUUAUGAGACCAAACCAGUAAAGGACACUUUGCCGUGGAUACGCAUGGCUUUUCUCCUCUUCUGUUGGCGGCUCGCCUUGUAAGCCACCUGCCAUUCAAAGGUAGCCACGUCCCAAAUCAUCUUUUUCAUCUAUUUUCUUCUAAAUUGGACCAUUAUUUAUACAUUAACAUCAGAUUGUCUUGAAGAAGAAUUUUUACGAGCCAUUGUGACCAUCGUGUUCUGAGGUAAUUCUGAGGUAAUAAAUCAAGUGAGAUGUUUUCUCAUUUUGUAUUGCAAUGAAUGGACCCAAAUGAUUCUGCAACCUUCGUCGACGCCCCCUGCUGGAAUUUUUGGUAGAAUGCAGCUUAGGGCACUUCCUGGUUAGCCUCACUGCCCAGAGGUUGCCGCUUAGUUAAAGUGACUAUUUUAUGUCUGUUUUGUGAUCAUGUAUUGUGGGCUGUUAUAUGAACAACCUGAAAACAAAUAAAUAUAAGUUUUAAAAAAAUAUAGCUUGAUUGAAUUUUCAAACCCAAAUCUAUUUUUGCAUGAAGAAGCAACCUGUCACUUAUCACAAACUUUGUUGAUAUUGAGGUUUUCCCUCUUUACAGUGCAUUUAAUCAGUGGAAUCUACUUGUUUUCAUCCCAGCAGGCCUGUCAUUAUUGGUUUACUGUUUUAGGGAUUUAUUUCUUUUAAUGUUAUGCUAAAGGUACUGCUUAAGUGUAAACUUGUUUUUUUUUAGCAAGCCUGUGUGCGUACGUGUGUGCAUGCAUGCAUGAAGUAAAACAAGAUUUGUACCCUGUUGUUGAACAGCUUUCAUGGAAAUAUGAAGGCAAUGUUUAACUUUUUCUCAUUUUGGGGUCAUUCUAGGAAAAGUAAUCAAAUUUCAAGUUUAAAAAAGAUCGUUAAGGGUGCUUCCUCUGCUGUUAAACAUAGUGGCGGGUCAUUUUUGACCCCUAAGACAACACAAGGGUUAAAAUUAAACAUUUUCAGGGAUAAUGUAUACAAUAACUGUUAAAUAGUUCCAAUUUAAGUUUGGCAAUUUUGUGUCUCAUUUUUAUUAUUUAAAUGUUGGAAAAAAUGAACAUGUCCAUCAGGCAUCCUGCUCUCUAAACAUGUUGAUUACUAGUACAAGUGUACAGCUAUUCUCUGUUACAGUCAGUUGAAACGCUGAAAGAGCAGAUGUGAAAGACCAAGAACCAGACAGAUCAGCCACCGGGCGAUAAAAGACACACAUGCUAUAACAAAGCCUUUGAGGCAGAAGGUGAAGACAGGUCUUCCAGCACAGACAGUAUGAGAAAAUGUGUUUUUUGUGUGUGGUUCAGAAACCCAAAUGAGCAUAAUAUGUCUCCUAAUAAGGUGUACCUCCAAGCUCCACAUUUAAAUUUUUUUGAGUAAUUGCUGAAAUGAGAGUGAAGACAGAUUGAAGUGAGACAGACAAAGUUGACAGAUAGUGAGUUAGACAAGAUUGAAAGCUGCAUAGAACAGAACACCUUAAUAUUUCAGAUCCAAUGCAGUAUUUAUAUGAAUCUGAAUCUGCUGUGCUCUUGGGUGAACGGAGAAUUUUCGAUUCAUGGGCAUGAGCCAUGUGUGUGUGUGAUUGGUGAAGCAGUGGAUGAAAGACAAAGAUGAAAGUGGGAGCCUCGAGGCUUAAACUGCAAAAUCCAUCUGUUGGUGGUGUGAAGCUCUAAAGUUACUUUAGCUGUUAUGUCGGCACCAUAGGUGGCCGGUGCUCAGAGGUAUGUGUAUGUGUCUGUUGUUUGGCGAGGAAGUGAUUAAGUGAUUUUCAGCAAAGUACCUCUUAUUUACUGUAAAUGGUAAAUUGCUUUUCUCGUCUUUGCGACCACUCAAAGCCCUUUACACUACAGAUGGCGCUCACUCACCUGUCCUGAGAGAAGUAGGGGAACGACGAAACCCCUUCUCAUCUGGAAUCAGCUCACACACAGGGGUGGACUGACCAAUAGAAAAUUCUGUCAGAGUCCAGAUCGGCUGUCCCACAGACCCUGUCUGUCUGUGGACUUUGUGGAUCAUCAGGAAAAAAAUCUGAUUAGCGCCAAUACGAUCAUCACAAAAUAACAAAGUCGAGUGUGAGAAAUGUCUGGAAGGAAGCAUAAGGAGAAAGGUGGCUGGGAAAAAUCAAAAGAUAAGAGGGCCAAUUCGUUAGAGGCGGAGGGAUUCAAAUGUAGAACGCUUACUGAGCUAUUUAGUAUUGAACCCAGGCGGCAAACUCCGGGUGUGA